AUGGAGUCAACGUGGGUGGGCCUGUAUACACACAAAGGCCGCCCGGAUCUCCUCCCCAGACAGGAGCGACUGCUCCUAAACGUGGCAGAGAUGUGGCCGUGCUGCAUAUUCCAAACAUUAACGGGGCACCACCUGGACAAAUACCUCCCUAAUCAUUAUGAGAAGCCCUGGGCCGGCUGUCACCUUAACAUAGCCUUACCCCUGCUGCAACCGUUCUCGGUAAAAGAGAAGGCGGAGGCCGAGGUUUUACAAAGUCAGGGGUCUUUCGCGGAAUACGUUGCUGCCAACCCCGAUGACCGGGAAUGGGUAACGGACCUAAGUUCAGCGUUCCAUGCCCUUAGGGAUGCCCCGGACCCGCGGUAUAGCGCCUCGUUAUAUCAUAAGGAAAGGCUAGGGGAGAGUUUGAAAGCAGCCCACGAUGCCACGCAGCAAAAGGCAAUAGAAAGCAUGCGGCAGUACCUCUCAGGAAAUGAGCGGGCGGUUGAUGUCUUUACAACAACAUCAGCAGCUGGGUUUAGUUGGGAUAGGACCUCAUUCACAUGCGGUCAGUUUCAGUUUACUAUCUCGGUAGACUUUAACCUGCAUCUCAAGAAGGGUGAUAAAGUUUUCGUCCAAUUUCACCUAGCCGACAAUGUUCACCCACUCAAGUACACUGCCAAUGCCUUGCCGACUGAUCCCGCCAGUAGACUGGCGAUUUCCCUAACCGGACGGGAUAGCACCAGCGAGUUUCACAUAUGGCUAACGACAUCUGGGCCCAAGGCCAUCAAAAGAAUGAACACCCUUGUCGAUAUUUUAGAAGGAUACUCGUACUCGGAAAGACAAGAGAUGGCCCUUCCAGGGCGCUGGUGGGGUCACUGGAGGGCGGAAGGCAGUACAAACAUACAGCAGCAUUACACUUGA